AUGUACAGCGUGGAGGAUCUCCUCAUCUCUCAUGGAUACAAGCUGCCUAAGCAUAAUGCAUCCUCGACACCUAGACUACACAAUGCUUCCUCAUCACACCAGCCGCUGUUAUCCACACCACCAUCCUACAAUGAACACCAUGGAAUCCUGGAGAAAAGGCAUCAGCAUGGGACAGUGAAUGGCUGCGAAAGAAGGCUCCUUGUGCCCUUUGGAAACAAUAACGGUUUGCGGGAACACCAAAUUUACAGCUGUUCCAACAGCAUUCAGCCUCAGAAUAGAAACCAGCUGAAACGGGAGAGUAAAAACCAAGGCCAUACUGACACCCACUCCUUAGGAAAGUCUCUUACCUCAGACAGUGGAUUUUGUGAUGUCAACAAAGGCCAUAUGUUACAUUCAAAUGAUGUCGCCUACUGGAGGAGGAGAGGACAGGACUUCACUGUGCUGCUGGACUAUGCAGACUUUAAGGAGUUGCAAAAAGCAAGAGGUCAAGAACUCCCAAGAGUGAACCAAGAAUGGACAGCUCAGCAAAGGCAGCUACGGGCAACUCAGUCCAAGGCUCAGCAUCAAGUUCAGGCCCUCUGUAAAAAAAAUGAGGCAGUUCUCCAUCAGUCCAGUUUGAUGAAUGACAGAAAGUACCAGAGCCUUGAAACAGAUGAGUGGCAUUCAGCUGUAGGCUUUGGUCGGCAGCUGCAUAAAACCAACAGUGAGCGUUGGGUACAAGGGCAGCAACGGUUUUAUGCAGGAACACCAGAGGGCACAGUUGUCCACCCUACGGCCAAAAGCAAAUGCCAGUCCCUACCCAGGAUGCUUCAACCUGAUAGCCUGCAAUAUGUUGACAUAGCGUUGUCCAGUCAGGAAUUGUACAGCCAAAUGAAUGGUCACCCACUGUCACACCACCAUCAUUAUAGAUUACCGCGUCGGUCAGAGAAUGGUAGGCCAGCUAGUGCCAACCAACUCUCAAUGACACCAAAUCCCCGCUUUACCCGCCCUCCCAGACCUCCAUCUUAUGAAAUGCACCAGCAGAUCAGGGGAAGCUGUGAGUUGUUGUCUGGCAGAGAAUUACUCACCCCACAGACCAGGGACAGAACACCACUUCCCAUAGCAAGAACACCUGACCCCCACUUAGACUCUUUUGCACACGACUCUGGACCGCCGGUAUACAUUCCUCCCCCAUCAUAUAAAAGAGCUCCAAUAAUGGCAGGUGGGCUCCAGAAUUAUGGACAAAUAGCUGUUGAUUACAGGUGCAGAGGGGAUAUGUAUCAGCAGAUAAAAAUGGCACCCGAUGAAUCUCAUUGGUUCAUCAGAUAUCCAGCUGGCUCUUGGCCUCAUCCCCACAUGGAGAGAAGUGUGUCCUGUCAGAAACAGUGUUACCCUUUGUAUUCUAGCAAAGAGAACAGAGGGGGAGUAAAAUGUAUUCCAUUUGAUGAUCCAUGUAUCAAUAAGUUUUCCUCAGCCCUGGGUGGCAACUCCUUGACAGAUGCUGAUAAGAUUCGCCACAUCCGUAAUGAGCUUCCUAGCAUUCCAGUGUCUGAGCUUUCCCAAGACGACAGUGCCUUUUUAGCCCCACCACCGGGGCCAUUUGUUGCUGUCAAUCUGACAUCAUCAAGUUGUGACAAUAAGAGAUGGCAGAGCAAUUUGCACAAAGAGACUGUUGAUAACUUGCCAGCGACCGACCAAAACUGUAACAGACAUCACAAAACCCACCAUCCUUCUCCAUCACCCUUUUCAGCCUUUCAAGCCUCAUUACCAAGAACCUCUUCUUAUCAGGGUUCCAGACACGACAAGAUUUGUAGAGAAACCAUCACCCAAGUGAAAAAAAUUGUACCAGAUUCAAGAACAGAGAUGAACAGCAGCACCAAGAGGAGAGUGAGUGAGACGAUCUUCUGCCUUGUAUCUGUUCCUGUACACAUGCCAUCAAACUUUAGCAACAACUUAUCAGGUAACCAGGACAAUGAGGCGAUUGCAAACCUGACAAUUACCAACACUGGCACUUUUGCUGUUGGGCUCAAAGAAAGUGCAAACAUUCGUAGCAAAUCUGUGAAUGAGAUACCUGUCAGACCCCACAUUCACACCAGCAGUAAAUCCUCAACAGACAAAAGAGCUCCUUUAAGGAAGGAGACAAUAGAUGCCUGGGCAUACACAGCAAAUGAAGACAAAAAGUUAGGCUGUACUGGCUCCUGGCCUGGAAACCAGUAUCGUAAUCAAGAAACACAGACUUGCUCACUUUUGACAGUGGUAAACAGUCCAGAACCUCAUACUCCUAAUGCUGUACAAGAAGCUGUUCUAUCUGUCUCAAAGACUGACAGUGAUGUUGCAAAUAACAGUAGCUCCUCUUAUAGUUACCCUAUGGCAGGCCAGAAGAACCUUCAUCUUUCCAGCAACAGCGCUUUCUCUCGUCUCAGCCCUAUCUCAACACAAAUACCACUUUUCAAAGAGUCAGAACAGGAACCAUACUCAGUGGCAAGGAAUCAGGAAGAACAGAGGUCAUCCUCUCCUAGGGAAAGUAUUCACCAGGAGAGUCCAGAAAAAGUGGUCUUUGGUCAGUUUCUCUUAAAGCCAGUGAACCGACGACCCUGUGAUGCUAGUGGUGAAUUGGAGACUAUUAAUAGGGAUAUGGAAGAAGACACAAUCAAGAAGACAUCCAGUGUGGGUCAGUUGAGAGAUGAUCUUGACAGGGUGAAUAAGAGGCAAGAUUGGUUCAAAUCAAAAGCUCACUUUAUUGUUGGUCCAGAACCUGGUCGGGAAGCAAUAAGUUUGCCACCACUGCACACAGGAAAGAACAACAUUAUUAAAAAGAAAUCAAAGUCCUUUGCCUCUACUGUUGAUAUAGACAGCAUUGACAUGCCCCAUGCCAACCACACAACCUUGAAAAAGAAUCUUUACAUUCACUCUAAUUCACAACCCAGUUGUUUCCUUUCCUCUGUUCUACCACAAAGUGAAUUAAACCAACUAUACAGACAAGACAUCCCAGUCCCUCAAGAAUCUUUGUUGAGGGAUGUAGGGCUAACUGUCUACACAGAAACUCCCGGUGCGCCUGGAGAACCAAUGCAGCGCUCUCUCUCAGUUCCAUCCCCUAUCAACCAUAAGGAUCUUCACUCGGUGCAGCUCUCCUGGAAGACGAGGAGAGUACUAGUUGAAAAUAGUGGAGAGAGCAAUUCAAAUGAAGAGCUUGAAUGUAAGAUGAAUAAGGAACAAAAAGCGUCAUCAGACAAUGUUCCACCAUUCAGGGGUGAGGUGAUUGUAAGCAUCUGUAAGACCAAAAAUGAAAGUUAUACUUUACCUCAGAAAGAAAGUAUGCAACAUAUUGCAAGGCAGGUUUCUUUUGUUGUUGAGGAUGAUAAAAGAUACAUGCUGGCUAAGCCUAUGAUCUGUAAGAAUGACUCAACAAUAGCAGAUAAACAGUUGGAGAGCUUAUUGAUUCAAGAGAAAAAUAACACUUUACCUGCAGAGGUCCUCAGCAGCCUGCAUGAGAUCAGAUAUGGAAAAGGAAUUUCCGAAAAUGAAUCCAUAGAGGAACGGGCAGCAAGGAUACUGGGUAUAACAGUUCCAGUGGAAGCCUUGAGUGUGGCAGAUAAACAGUCAGGUAACAACCAGGUCAAACCACCAUGUCCAAAUGCACUGGCAAAACAACCGACAGGCGAGUGUGAGCAAGUUAUAGAGGCAUCCCUAACUGCAGACUUAGAAAGUGUUAAGGAGACACUGUCAGUUACAUAUAUAGAAGAGCAACAAGAUCUCAGAAACAUGCAUAGCAGUGACCAUAGUAAUAGUGGAGACAAAAUGGUUACAGAGACUCAGUCAAUGCGAGAGCUUCCUAAGUUCUUAGCAAAUGAGUGUGUCCUCUUUCCAACUGUCAUCCCUGAUGAGAAGCUAUCACCGAGCAUGUUCAGUGAGGUCAAGAAAGAUAACACUAGCAGAGUAACUCGAUCCUUGCCAAAUAAGAUGAACUGUUCUGUGCCAUUAUCUGCUACAUCUCUGGCUGGGUCAAGAACAAACAGAAUGGCAAGUGUGAAAGAACAGGACUUUGUCUCUCAAAUAAAAAACAACAACUUAACAAGUCCAAAGCACUUAGGGGAAGCUUUUAAUGAAAAAGACACUACAAAGAAAAAUGAAGUUCAGAAAGAGUCAAAGAAGGAAAUUGUCAUGCAGCAUCCACAGAAAGUGGAUGCAAAAGGUCAAGAGCAGGAAUGCCAAGGUGAUUACCAGAAUGAUCAAAUCAAGCUGGGACAUUUUGACCAAGUACAAGGGGAAAAUGACAGAUUGUGCAACCGGGAUCAAAGACAUGAAGGUGAUGUAGAAGAGAUGACUGUUGAAAUUGAGCUUAAAACAGGCAUUGAACUGAAUAAAGAAGUGCACGUUGAAUUAAAAAUGGAGGAGGGCAAAAUGGAGUUUAAAAUUGUGGAAGAAGACAAAGAAAACCCUUUGGAUAUGAUGAAUGAUGAGCAUAACACUAUAGGUGUCAACAUAGCCGCUACCAGUCAAUAUACAGAGGGAGGAAAGUUACCUAAACCAAAGCAGCAUACCAGGUUCCAGAUACCUCCCCUGCACCCUAAACCUUGUAAUGUCGUCCAGAGUAAAAUGGUGCCAGCACUAAGCUUAAGCACUGGGACCUGCAUCAACACAGUAAUGGAAGACGAGGAAAUGCUCUCCUCAGCUGCCUGCUCCGCUCCUCCCCUGAGCUCCGGCCUCGUGGACCCUCCAGUCCCGGACCUCCAGCCGAGCCUUCCC